AUGUCUAUCACACACGAAGAAAUCGCAAAGACCAUCAGAGAAGCCCAGGAUGAAAUCAUUCCUACCAAUCCCCAACUCGACUUCGCCCUUAGCAACUCCACCGCCAAAGGCCUUCCACCGAUAGCUAUUGGACCAGCGCAAGGACAGUUCCUCUCUAUUCUUUGCAAAUCCAUCCAGGCCAAGAAUAUUCUCGAAGUUGGAACCCUCGGCGGUUACUCCACCCUGUUCUUCGCAUCCUCCGUUCCUGGCGUCCAAGUCACCACCCUCGAACUGCGCGAGCACCACCGCGACGUGGCGCUGGAGAACCUCAAGGGCCUUGACAAUGUGGAGUCACUCCUUGGUCCAGCUCUCGAUCUGUUGCCCAAGCUUGCAGAGCAAGGCAAGGUCUUCGACUUCAUCUUCAUCGAUGCAGACAACGCCAACCAAGACAAGUACUUUGACUGGGGCGUGAAGCUCGUCCGGCCCGGGGGGAUCAUCUACGUCGACAAUGCCAUUCGACGCAUAACAGACUGGGCGAGAGACGAGCCGACGAGGCUGAACUUGAUCGAUCAGGUAAAGGGUGAUAAGAGGGUGAGGGCGAGUCUGAUCCCAACCUUGAACUAUGGAAGCUCAUCUUCAUCACUUCUUCCCGGGUAA